AUGGGCGAGGAAAAUUUACUUUACUGCUACAAUAAAGGAUGCGGUACAAAAUUCGACCCUAGCGAAAAUAAUAAUGACUCAUGUUUAUAUCAUCCUGGCGCACCAUACUUUCAUGAUGCUUAUAAAAUCUGGAGUUGCUGCAAUCAGAAAAGUACAGAUUUCAGCACAUGGUUAAGUCUGAAAGGCUGCACCCGUGGACAACAUAGUAAUGAGAAAUCGGUAGUGGAAACGAAGCCCGAAAAAUCGGAGACAAAAAUUAAAUCGAAAACACCGGAAGAGGUGAUCGUUUGGAGUGGUCUAAAUAAGCCUGCAGACAGACACGAUUCUUUGAAAAUAAUGAGAGCGAUAAAAUUUGAAGUAACUGAUGGCGCUUUAAAAACCAUUGAAAGAUUUAACUCAGAAAUAAAGAAAGAAAUUGAACCAGAUAUUCAUGUCGGCGUCUCAUGUAAAAACCCUGGUUGUGAAAAGGUUUAUGAAAGCGAAGAAAGCCAAAAUGAAAAAUGUAUGUAUCACAAUGGCGUAGCUAUAUUUCACGAAGGAAUGAAAUAUUGGUCAUGCUGUGAGAAGAAAACUUCCGAUUUCAGUACGGAGCGGGUUGACAAAGUUCGUGAGGACUGGUUUAGCGGAGGCGGCUUCAUUCACUUGAAUGUUUACUGUAAGGGAGCUCUACCGGAAUCGUGCAGGGUGGAAUGUAAUGGUCUUAUACUCCAAAUGAAAGUCGUACAUGGUUUUGGUGCAAAAGAGACACGGCUAAAUUAUGAACUUUUUGGUAGAAUCAAUGUAGAUGCAUCGAAGGUAAUAAUUGGUGAAAGAAAAUUGGAAUUAGUAUUAAAACAAGAAGAUAUAGCAAGCUGGCCACGGUUAACGUAUGAUGCAAAAAGUGUUCAAGCGGAGAUUAGCUGA